GAGCCGUCGCCUUUCUACCAUCGUACGGGCUUCUGCGUUCUCUAUGCUUAGAAAAUCAAUACCUGGACACUAUGCUUAAGAUAGCUUCUUACAGCUCGAACUACGAAAGCCGUAGGCAGUGAACCUUUCCCCCUUUUCGUUCUUACUCGUUUCUUUAUCAACAAUCAACAAUAUCCCAGGCGGAACUCGCCACCAGCAUAGUUUCACCACAUCACUAGACAUGACCACGCUCAUUGAUACCUUCAUGCCCAAAAAGCUGUUACAAAGCCAAUGUAACGCCGCCCUGGACACCUUAUGCAAAUCCGCCCGUUCUACGGACCCUGGCUCUGACUCGGAAGGUCCCAAGACAACAGCGCAAGCCGGCUUGCAAGCUCUAUUCCAACUAUCCGCCCUGAAAAAAUCAACCAAAGCUCAAACUCGUAUCUGCGAAGCAGCGUUAUCCCGCUCCGCUCAGCGAAGCGUCGAGCAGGAGGGGAGGAUCUGCUCUCUCUCCACAGAAGUCGUCGAACUCGAAAAACAACUCAACACGCUUUCUCAGGAGCUCAACCACACCUUGAAGUCUCUGGCAGUGGAAAGGAGUGCAGUUUCCCACCUUCAAAACACUGAGGAGAGCCUCAACACAAAUAUAACUCGUAUAACGAAAGCCCACAAGUUCCUGGAGACCGAACUCGCCAAUGCCAUGACUGCAUACAGUACGAGUGACUCGACCCAACUCGCUCAGCUGAAUGCGACGACAGUCGCGUUGAAGGCGCAGGUGGACGCCUUGCGGGCUGAAUGUUCACUUUCAAAGGCUACAUUGGUUGAAGCGACGCGUGCAACUACCGAUGAGCAGGCCGCUCACAAAGUCACUCGCGAAGAGCUUUCGAAGGCUCAGAUCGAGUCUGCCACGCUUUCGACUUCACUGGAGGUGUUGCAGGAGGAGCAGAAGGCACUCCAACUUGCUUUCUGCGCUGCAAGCGAGAAAGCUACAAAAGAAUAUAAGAUUACCGCUCAGUACUCAGCCAAGAUCGUGGAACUCCUCGCCGAAGUCAAGGAGAAAGACGAUAGCUUGAAGACCCUUCAGACUACUCACCAUACGAUGAAAUAUGCACACAAAGUGCUUCUGGACUCUCGAGCGAUAUUCCAAACAAGCAUCGCACGCAGCAACAAGGCCUUGGCUGCCUCAAAUAGCACGCUUAUAGACGCAAACAAACGUUAUGGGGCGCUCAAAACUAAACUCUCUGAGGCUCUUUCUGAAAACGCGAAGCUCAAGGCUGAUGCACGGGAAUGGGAGUCUUUCUUUGCGACGGUGAACACGCCACGGAAGAAGGCAAAGGCAAGAUCGGUGACUUCUACCCCAAUCAAGACUGCUCUUGGCGAUAAGGAGAACGUGUUGGAGGCCUGAAUUCGUCAAGAUUUGGUUCCAUUGGCUACAGACUUUUCAGGCCGGAUCUAUAUCUUUCAUUUCUCAGUUGUUCUUGUAUCAAUAUAAGCUAAGUCAACAU